AUGGCGGGCCCGACGGGGCCGUCGGGCCACUCGUUGACUCUCUUGGUGUUGGGAUUCUCCCUGACCGCUGGCUUCAUUGACUUGGUGACUCUGGUGCGCUUCAGCCAGUUCGCCGCCAUGCAGACGGGCAACAUGAUCAUGAUCGGACGUGACCUGUACCGCCUCACCUUGCCCAACAUGUCGCGUGACGAGCUCCUGACCAGCAUCGCCUUCCAUGUGGCGACUUUGGUGAGUCACUUCGCGGGGGUGGUGUUGUUUUGCGCCUUAGCGCAUUGGACCAGAUAUCCCGUGCGGUGGGCAGCUCUGCUGGUGGGCGUCUUAACCGCCUCGGGCGCCUUGCUGGAUAUUCUGUCCAAGGGCAAUGACUGGGGCGUGUGCCUGGUGGCUGCAUCGAUGGGGGCCAUGAACUUCAUCCCCUCCCCCAACUCCGGUCUCAGCAGCAAGCUCUUCAUGAUGACUGCCAUCGCCACAGGCAACUUGCAGAAAUGCGCGAAGAUGUUCUUCAAGCUGAUCUCGUGCCAGAAAUUUUCGGAUGCGGAUCGCGAGCAGACCUGCCGUGCUGCCACGACGGUGAUUGCGACCAUUGUCGGAGCCAUUUUGGGGGCCUUGGCGUUGUUUGCGAAGCCAUUGGACACGACCUACGGACAGUCCAUCUACUUGCUGCUGAUGGCUCCCCUGCAGUCGCUGGUGCUCUUCUUCCACGACUUCAUUUUCCGGCCCCGCCCCGAAGCUCGAGAGGAGCUGACCGCGGACUUGGGAGCCAGCCUGGCGGAUAUGAACCCCCCACGCGCGACCGCGUGA